AUUAAUGAUGUGCAAGAUAAUUUUAUUUUUCUUCUGGACGAUAUUACUUGUUAUGACAUAUACAACAGGGAAAAGGAUGAUAGUUCUCUAGAACAUUCUAUUGUCAACAAUGAUAGUAGUAUAAAUGAAGAUAAUAGGGAUAAUGGUGCUACUAGAAGUAAAGCUAAUCAACAGGAAGAGGAAGAAAAUGAUCAAAACCUUAGAAGAUCCAAUAGAUCACGAAAACCUUAUCAG